AGGCGGCGGCGCGAACCGGGGCAGGGGGGGGCGGGAAGAGAGGGCAGCGGCGGCGGCCGCCGCCGGCGGCGGGUCCCGAGGAUGAGGUGGCGGCUGCUGUGGCUCCUGUGCGCCGCCGGCUGGUGGGGCGCCGGGGGCAAGACGCUGCGGGGCGGCUUCGCCAGCUCCUCCGCCCGGUUGGAGCCGUGGCGGCCCGUGGCGCGGUUCCAGUUCCACGGUGACCAUGCUGUUCUGUGUGUCAGAAUCAAGAACGUAGCGGUAGCUGUGACAAAAGCAGCUAGACUUCACCUAUUUCAAGCACAGGAAUGGCGGAAGCUGCAGAACAGUAUCCAAGAUCACAGCUGUACAGAGAAGUUCUCUAAAGCUCAGCUGACAAUGACUGUGAACCACACAGAGCAAAAUCUGACAGUGUCCCAGAUUCCUUAUCCGGAAACAUGGUAUGUGUUUUAUGUAGACAAGUUUACCUGCGAGGAGAAUUAUUCUGAAUCCGAGGAUAUUCAGUUUGAAAUGGUCUUACUAAACCCAGAUGCAGAAGGGAAUCCAUUAGAUCACUUUAGCGCAGGGGAAUCUGGAUUACAUGAAUUCUUUUUCCUGCUUGUCCUAGCAUACUUCGUAACUGCUUGCAUAUAUGCACAGUCCCUAUGGCAAACAAUUAAGAAGCGUGGACCUAUGCAUACUGUAUUAAAGGUGUUGACAGUUGCAUUACUGUUGCAGGCUGGUUCAGCUUUUGCCAACUACCUGCAUUUCUCAAGUUAUUCUAAAGAUGGAAUAGGAGCACCUUUUAUGGGAAGUCUGGCAGAAUUGUGUGACAUAGUCUCACAGAUACAAAUGCUAUAUUUAUUGUUGAGUCUGUGUAUGGGUUGGACAAUAGGCAGAAUGAAGAAAUCUCAUGGCAGACCUCUUCAGUGGGAUUCCACUCCAACAUCUACUGGCAUUGCUGUAGUAGUUGUUGUUACACAGAGCUUUUUAUUAAUUUGGGAGCAGUUUGAAGAUACAAAUCACCACAGCUACCACUCACACCAUGGCUUAGCAAGUGGACUGCUUAUUGGCCUCAGAGUUUGCCUAGCUUUGUCACUGGCUGCUGGUCUUUACCAGAUCAUCACAGUGGAGAGAAGCACGCUGAAAAGGGAGUUCUAUAUCACCUUUGCCAAAGCCUGCAUUCUCUGGUUUUUGUGCCACCCAUGUCUUGCAACCAUUGCUGUAAUAUUCAGAGAAUAUCAAAGAGAAAAGAUUAUUACCAUAGGUGUUAUCCUCUGUCAGUGCAUCUCCAUGGUUAUCCUCUACAGACUUUUUCUAUCUCAUAGUCUAUAUUGGGAAGUAUCUUCACUGUCAUCAGUGACAUUGCCACUAACAGUAUCCUCUGGACAUAAAAGUCGACAUCACUUCUGAGAUAUUUAGGAAGAAUACGUUAUGUAAUAAAUGUGCAAUAAUGACUUAAAUAUACAGGUAUUUUUGUCAUAGGUAUGUGAUACAUUGGUUUCACUGGAAGACUGAGUGAUAAUAUAAGAGCACUUCACAGAACUUUGGUCUGACAAGGUCCCUAGAUUAGUCUGUUAGAAGUAUUGUGGAGUGGAAAAAUCCAUCUUUUGAAUAAUUUUAUAAAUACUGUUUAUGUCUAGUAUGUGGUGCUGAGCUGUAUCACGGAAAAGUACAACGAAUCUUUUCUCUCCCAUUCACAGACACAAAAAAAAGUCCUUACUUUAUAUCAAUAAAUACUAGGUUUGAAGGUGUUAUAAAAUGCAGUUCUUAAAACAUCUACAAGCUCAAACAAGCCUGAAAUAGGCCAGUUGUGAAAUUGGUGUGAUGCGUAACGAUGAGUACAAGUUCUUUUAUUUUCAUGCUUUAGAGAAAAUGCAUUUUAUGUAUAAGCAUAAAAGAAGGGGAAACAAAAGAGGGAGAGUCCUCUAGAAAAUACAUGUAAAAUGUUCACAACUGACUGCAAGAAACUUUCCUUUAUUAUUGGUGUAAAAGAAAAGCCUUUUUUGCAACUAAUGUUCAUACUGGUUAAAAUUUUAAUGGGAAUGAAAAUAGGGUUUAUAUCUGCCUUUUUUUUUUUUAAAUAAAUGUAACUAAAAAUUUCAUCCAGUAAUGAGGGUCUAAACAGUAUUUAAGACUUAUAAGACAUAGCAACAUAAAGGUAAUUAAAACAGCAGGCUUGCAUCUUUUAAAGGGGGGGGAAAAAAGGCAAAGAAAAUGGAAUGGGUGAUGUGGUACUAGAAUUUUAAUCCUGAUAUAAUUCAUUUCUGUUACAUUGAGGAUUCAAUCAUAAUUAAGCCAUAUACACAGAUUAAAUUAACAGAAGCAUUUCAAAUAAAUGUUGGUUUCAGUCAUCAACUACCCAUGAAUUCCUGCCCAAGGAUACUUAAUCAGGAUUAAAUUUUCUAUGAAUAAUUGAAAAACAAAAUACUCACUGGAUUUGUUAUAAUCCAUGUUGGCACUGGGUUCUAAGUAGUUGCCAUCUUCCAUCCAUUGUAAUAAAGCCAUACUACUUUGUGAUGCCCUAGCAUUCAGAAAGCCAGUGUAAAUAUAUACUUUAUUGAAGUGCCUAUUUAUUUAGUAUGAUUAAAUCAUGCUGACUUUUUUUUUUCCUUCAUAAUAAGAACAUACCUAUUGCCAUUGUGGCUGAAAUCUUUCUUUUUGGAUUUAGUUUAGUAUUUGUCAAAUUUUAGACUUAUUUUCAUAGAUGCGUGUUUCUUCACAGCGUGGAUUUUAUUUUCUAGUAAAUGAAUGUUUGUUUAUUCUUAACAGUGUGUAUUUAAUUAUGUCUUUAUGAAAAUGUGAAGACACUGGGGUUCUACCUUUAAAAUAGCCCUAACUUUUCUAUUCAUGUUUGCCUCGGUUGCGAGCAUAGUUGAAACAUAAGUCUAUUCCAUUUUAGUUUAGAGGCAAAACUAGACAUUUGCCUUUGACUAAGGCAAAAUGGCAACAUGACAAAGUUGCUCAUUAAAUCAUCUCCUUUCUUAUUGUUUGUAAUUCAGAUCAAGAAUGGCAGGUUGAGGCUGGAAAAGAUGAGAUAUUAUGAUUUCACACAAUCUUCAGAAUGAUUAAAAGAUUAAUUAUUACAUUCCUCUGAUAACCACACAAAAAUAUUAUUGGUUAAAACUUCAGUCUUUAUUUCCCUGCUUAUCUCUGUACUUUUCAUCUUCUCAAGAAAAAAGCACCCUGUUUUUGAUAAGUCUCCAAUAAUGCCGUAGAAGAGUUCUAUCUGUCCUCAUGUAUAAGACAUGAAAUUCACACAUAAAAUAGAAUUUUCUGAUAGACACAAGAACUGCUUUACAGUUUAUGAUCCGUCAUGAUAAAAGUUUUAAUCUAUGCAGAAAAACCUGUAUGUGACUUUUAGAAGAGGCACUCCAUUUGUUUUAUUCUCCAGAAGUAUUUUCUUACUUCCUGUAGUCCCUCUGACUUCAAUCGGUCAGUAUUAAGGUAAAUGGUAUCUUAAUUUCACCUUAUAAAUAUACCGUACAACAAUUCAUAAAACGAAUUCAUAGUUAAUCUAGGUGUAAAUAGGAAGCAUAAGAUGUUGUCUCUUAAUCUUUUCCAGAUUGCCCUGUAAGUCAACAGGUAACAUUAUCCUCUUUCUUUGGCAUUGAACCCAACAAUUUGAAAAUAAAAUUUUAAUUUUGCUAUUAAUGUAACUGUAGCACCUAAGUAUCACUUUCUCAUGGUAAGCGGUACAAAGGACACGCAUUUCUGCCCAGGUCUGUUAGCAUUCUUUCAUAACCAACACUCACCAGUUUUAUGUUACUAAAUCAUUAAUGUGUACUGUAGCAGUAGGUCACUAUGACUGCAGUAAUAUUCAAGAUGUCAGUUAAUUCGGUACAGGGUGUCUUUGGGGGGAGUCUUCAAGUGUGACUGAUUUACAAAGCUUCGUACUUACCUGUACUCUAGCUUGAAGCUUACUGCCUCUGGAUCAUGCCCGAAGUGGGUAUGUGAAAGCCUAUCUCUUCUUCCUAACUUAUAUCUUCUGUGAGACCAGCUGAUAAGACCUUGCUUUUUUCACGCUUAUUCACACAGUUACCCAUUUUAUCAAUUUGGUUUUAUAACCUCAUCUUGAAAGAAUAGCUUCCAGCCUUCUUUCAGUUGUCUGCGAUCAGUGCAUCCUGACUGUAAGACUUUUUCUUUCUCUUUUUCUAAAACGUGCUUUCCGUCACAAAAAAAAAAAAAAAAGAGGAAUUUUUGCAUACAUCUUGCAUACAUCUGAGGAACUCAGCGAUGCACCCUACGUCAGCUAUGCAUUAGGUGUCGGCAGCGGACAGAAGUACUCCUGCGGUACGCCCGUAGCCCCGCCGUGUAAGCGAUGUGGGUUUGUGCCCACCGAAAGCUGCCGCGUACCCGGGGAAUUCUCGGGGAGAGCCGCCGCGGCUCCGGGCUCCCUGCCGCCUCGCCGCGGCACUGCAAGGGGCUGAAGCGCGUUCCCCGAAGGCCGCGCUGCCGCUGCUGACCGUGGCGAACAGCGCUGCUUAGUUGAGGUCAACUGACGACAUCCCUUUUGAGAGUUCUGCACGUUGCACGGUUCUGUUUUAAGUAAAGUGGUGGUUACAGAGUAUACUAAUUCUAUUGCCCACACGUUUCGGUGCUCAGAAAAGAUAAGUGGAUGUUGACAUGACUGCAAACUGAAGUCGGUUGUGCUCUGAAGAAGAAAUCCACUUGUAUGAGUGAGAGAACACCUCCUUGCCAGCCAUCACCUUUUCUGCUGGCACAGAUACCAGUUUGCAUCAAUUAUGAUUUAUUGGUUGGGGGAGAGGAUCCCGGUUCAGGAGAAAUGAGGGUGAGAUCACCAACUCGGUCUACGAGACCCCCCCACAAGUGGUGAGGAGGGAUCAUCUUCUAUUGCUCCCGACUAGCGAGGUGGAGGCUGGAGCAGUUCUAGGGACCAUCACAAGUCCCCUAAGCUAUUCCCUCCACCUUCUGUGUAGAAUGUGUUUAUUGUACAUUUCUUUAAAGUGCUUCAGGUAGGAAAACGAAUAUUUACAAUUAAAUAUAUGUAAAUGGAAGUGGAAAGGCUUGAUUGGAAAAAUAUCAAGUUUCUAAUACAUAUUACUAUACUAAGACCUCCCACACAAGACAAACGUUUAUAGUCAGAUGUAAUGAAUAUUCCUUUCUGGUUCCUGUGCCAAUGGAGAGCCAUGGAAUUACCAAAAUCUUUUUGCUUGCAUCUCAGUCCUCUGCAGAACUGGAAAAAUAUUUUAUUUGAUUUGGCUCUAGUUUAUUCUGUGCAAUGGUACGUCUCUAGUUGAUAGAAUGUUUAUUGGGCUGGCCAAAGCUGGUGUUACGCUGUACCUUUUAACUCUUUUUGUGUGACUAUGCAAUGUACAAAGAGCAGGUGAUCCUUGCAAAUAUCAGACAUUAAAAAAGUUUUAAGCUGC